UAAAAUAAUAUUAUUCAUCAUAUAAUGUAGAGAAAAAAAGUUACGAAAAGUUUCACCACGGAUUAUAAAUCUUUUAUACUACUUAUCAUAUAAUUAUAAAAAAGUUUUUAAAUACUGUGUAGUUGGGAUUUACGUAUUUAAGUAUCAAAAUGGCUAUGACUAAACAGGCAUUUCUUGCCAUGAAUAAAACUGGAAAAAAAGUAAUAAAAUACGUUCUUGGAGAAUGUAUGCCGACUGUGAAAGAAAAUGCUGCGAAAAUAAGAAUUAAAAAAUUAGGAUUAGACACAAAUCUCCUUAUGUAUUUUAACGAAUAUGAAUUUGUAUAUGCCUAUGAUCCAUACAAGUUAUGCAAAACUGGUGAUACCGUUUUAAUACAAAAUUUACCAGAAAGAAUGACACGUCUAAUUACUCACAAAGUAAUCGAAGUUGUUUAUCCUUUGGGUGAUAUUACGGAUCCAUUAACAGGCAAAAAAGUAGUUAGUGGAAAAUACAGAGAUCAAAUUCAAGAAGAAAUAAAAUUAUAUGGCAAAUUAAAAAGCAAUUUCGAUUACAACAAAGCUCCACCACGAGGAAGCAUGGAAGGUAUUCGUGACUUUUCUCAUAAAGAAAGUUACAUCAAGUAUUAUGAUGAUCCAAAUGAUCCUCAGAAUUAUGCAGUUUAAACUUUAUAUUCAAUCUUGUUGAAAAAUAUAUAAAAUAAAUUGUCAUUACGGCA